AUGCCCCCCAAGGCGCGCAACGUUGGAGAGAAUCGAAAGAGAGCUCGCAGUCACAGCCCCUUUAGGGAAAGUGAUAGCGAAGGGGUUCCUUCCAGUGAGGAGGAGGGUGAGGACUUGUAUGAUGAAAAUUAUAUGCGCGACUACUUAGCUCCUGAUGAGGAGAGCGAAGCUGGUGAUGAUGAUGUCGAUGCCGAUGAUUUCAUUGCAGAUGAUGAUAGUUCUGUCUCCGAACUCUCUUUGGCAGGCCGUCAGGCUGUGGACACGCUGAUUGAGCGACGCCAAAUGAUGGAGCGACGCCUGGCGGAGGAGGAAAGCCGUCUUCAAGCUGGCAUUUUUGCAGAUGAUGAUGAUGAUGAUUCCUUUCUCGAGGACGACGACGAAAUGCUGGAUCACGAUAGCAAUGAAGAUGGUGGAGCCAAGGGCUCAGAUGAGGAUAGUCACCAUGAGGCAGGUCAUCGUGGCGACCCGAAUGCGGACGAGAUUGGUAAUCCGGAUGACAAGGUUUACCUCCGUGGUGAUUUAGAGUCUAUGGAUUUUGACUGGCGCCAUCCGCAGGGUGAUCUAGUGGAGUGGCUUGCCCAAGAGCUUCCUCGUCGUGUCGUGAAGAAUCGAAUUUAUAAUUUUUACAUCAACUACGUUGAGAACGGAGUGAGCGUGUAUGAACUCCGCCUGAACGAUAUGACCCGUGAGAACGAACAGAGCUUUCAGCUCAGCUACGGUCAUUUAAGCAAGGUCUACGACAGCGUACUGGCCCUGUGGCUGGUGGAUGCACCCGACCUGAUGAUCGAACUCUUUGACGAGGCCGCGAAUUACUUUACGUUCAAGCAAUACCCACACUACCGCAAGGUUCAUCCGAAUAUUUUUGUGCGCAUCUGCGAUUUACCGCUUUGUGAUCCGAUUCGUGAUUUUCGCCAAAUCCAUAUGAAUGUCCUUGUUCGCGUCCAAGGCGUCGUGAUUCGCCGCUCGCCGGUGUACCCACAGAUGCACACCGUUAAAUAUGAUUGCGUCCGCUGCAGCUACAUCAUCGGACCAAUCUAUCAGCGUGGGGAUAAGGAGCAGCGGGUGAGCAUCUGUCCCAGCUGCCAUAGCAAGGGGCCUUUUCGUGUGAACAUGGUUCUCACCGAGUAUCGGAACUACCAGACCAUCGUGCUGCAGGAGUCACCCGGAAAGGUGCCGCCAGGGCGUCUACCACGCAGCCUGGAGGUGGUUCUCACGAACGAUUUGAUCGACCGUGCGAAACCGGGCGAGGAGGUGGAUGUGACGGGUAUUUAUCGGAACAGCUUCGACCCGCUUCUCAAUAGCCGCCAGGGGUUUCCCGUCUUCACCACGGUGCUUCACGCGAACAAUGUUAUUCGGCGCACCGUGGAGCUUGGUACCUUCCGUGUGCCCGAGGACGAAAAAAAAAGAAUUGUAAAGCUUAGCCAACAUCCUAAGAUUCGACGCAAGCUGAUUCGCUCUAUCGCGCCCAGUAUUCAUGGUCGCGAGGAUAUCAAGCUAGGGUUGCUUCUUGCGAUGAUGGGCGGGAUCCCGAAGGAUGUUGGUGGGGAUCAGUCGCAUCGGAUUCGUGGGGAUAUCAACGUCCUUAUGGUUGGCGACCCAGGCUGCGCGAAGUCUCAGUUUUUGAAAUUCGUCGAAAAAACGGCGGAUCGCAGCGUUUUCACGACCGGCCGUGGCUCCACCGCGGUAGGGCUCACCGCCUCCGUUCACAAAGACAGUAUUACCGGCGACUUCGUGUUGGAAGGGGGUGCCUUGGUCAUUGCCGACCGUGGCUGUUGCCUCAUCGAUGAGUUCGACAAAAUGUCGGAUCAGGAUCGUACCUCUAUCCACGAGGCGAUGGAGCAACAGACCAUAUCGGUGGCAAAAGGUGGCAUCGUCACGACACUGUCGGCUCGUUGUUGUAUCAUCGCCGCUGCAAAUCCUAUUGGGGGUCGCUACGACCCUUCGUCGUCCUUUGACGCAAAUGUCAACCUGACCACGCCGAUCCUUUCUCGUUUCGACUUGCUUUUUGUUGUUCGUGAUGAGGUGAAUGUGGUACAAGAUGAGAGACUCGCAGCGUUUAUAUGUGAUUCUCACAUCCGCAAUCAUCCCAGAUCCCGUGAAGAAGAACGUCAGCGGCGGCGAGAGCUUCACGAGGAGCUAUCUCGACUACGAUAUGCUAUAGAGAAGGCUACCACAGAUGCCGAACACGAUGCCUAUGUAGCCCAGCUGCAAGAACUACGCCGUUCUAUGGAGGAGCACAACGAAUUUGAGGAUGAGGACCCUAACACGGAUAAACCUUUACCGCAGGCGCUUUUGAAAAAGUACCUUCUGUACGCCAAGAGCCAUUGCCAUCCGCGUAUUUCGAAUAUCGACAUCAACACCAUCCCCCGUCUGUAUACUGAACUGCGCCAGGAGUCGAAGCAUGGCGGUAUCGCAAUCACAGUGCGCCAUAUGGAGUCCAUCAUUCGAUUGAGUGAGGCUCAUGCGCGAUUGCAUCUUCGUGAGUUUGUGGUUCAAGAAGAUGUUACCGCCGCGAUCUCUCUUUUCCUGCGAUGUUUUAUUCAAACUCAAAAAUAUAGUAUGAGGAAUGCAAUGGAGAGUCGGUUCCGUAGAUACUUGGAGUCUGACUUUGAGCCCAUCCCACUUAUCCGUCACCGCAUAAAGCUUUUAGUCCACGCAGUGCGGCAGUUCGAGCUCAACGCUUCAGGUGGCAUUGAACCAACGCGUGUGCAGAUUGACGUGGCCGAUUUAGCACCAUCUACGCAAAACGUCUCAAAGGAGGCGCUCAAUGCAUACUUUGAGAGUGAAGAAUUCAGGAAGGAGUAUACCCUUAUUAGGGACCCCAAAACGCAGGCCCCAUUGUCCAUUGUACAUGUUUUUGCUUAA